AUGAAAGGGUUCUUGGGUCAAAAUAUAAUAUGGGUUUUGUUAGCACUAUUGGGGCAGCUACAUGGAUACACAAGUUGUGUUCAGGAAGAAAGGAAAGCGUUGUGGGAGAUCAAGAAAUACAUGAUCCCAAAGAGUCUACAAGGAAGAUCUGUUCUCCCUACUUGGACUAAUGACACGAAGAGCAAUUGCUGUCGAUGGAACGGUGUUGAGUGCAAUCGUUCAAGUGGUCGGGUUAUCGGGAUUUCCUUUGGCAAGCCGAUGUUUAAAGAGAGGUUUCUCCUAAAUCUUUCUUUGCUGCAUCCCUUUGAAGAGGUUCGAAUUCUGAACUUUUCAUGGCAUGGACUAGGAGGCAACCAAUUCAGUGGUUUCUUUGAUGAUGUCGAAGAAUUCUAG